UGCAUCGUCGCCUGCAGAAAUGAUUGCAUCAGUCAAACUACGCUUUCAUUCAACGUAAGAAGAGCAAAUCAGCAACGUUUUGGUCCAGUUUAAACUUCUUGUGUGUUGUGGAGCUCAGAAGGAUGGAGAAAGGGCGAAGCACUCCGAAACAGUACGGAUCUCUGCAGCAAACUGAACCCUGCGGCGACGCGUCCAAACAAGUUGAAGAGGACGUGGUGUCUAUGGCUGAUUCCACCAUCACUGUGGAGGACAUCGAGGGAGAGCUGUUCAAAAUCGACAGGAUAAAGGACGCCCUGGUCCGCAAAGAGUCUGAACUGAGAUAUAUGAUGGACGACAUCCAGUUGUGUAAGGAAAUUACAAGGCUCAAAAAGGAACUUCAGAAACUAGUUUCCAUCCCAGACAAAGAAAAAUCCAACGAGGACAGACAGCGCGAGGAAGAACUCCUGCAGCAGAUACAGAAGUUGGUGGAGACGCGGGAUUUCCUGGUGGAUGAUUUGGAGUUUGAGAGACUGAGAGAGAAAGAGGAGGACAAAGAAAUGGCUGACUUCCUGCAGGCGAAAUUUCCCAACAGGUGCAGCAGAAAAGGUCACACUAAGGACAAGAGAAUGACGACCAGAGCCCAGCAAACCACGUCUCCUUACUUGACCAAGACAGGUUUCACCCUACUGAAGGAAUGCUGUGGCUUCACCUGCUCCAUCAUGUAGAUACGUCAAUCAGAAAACAAUAGAAAGAGUGCAGUAUCAAGUGACGGGUGAAC